GUUGACUUGGAGCCCUACAUAUAUGUCCAGCACACUGCUUACUACUCGACUGUGCUCAUUGCAAUUUGCAAAGGCGAGGCCGCUUACGGCAAAGGCAUGCAGGAGUAAAUAAAGAGCUAGAGACAGCAGGUCGACCAGGAUACACCCCAUGUCGUACUGGGGCAGCAGAUCACACUUCGCCGGCGGCCAGAACAACGGCAACGACCAGCAGGACGGGUACGGUGGCGGCCAGCCGCAGUAUGAAGCAACCGGCGGCGGCAAGAAGCGCGGGUCCUCGAGGCUGAAGAAGAGCAGCGGCAACAAGAGAGACGCCGACGCCGACGACGACUACCCCAAGUCGUACGCCAAGGGCAGCACCGACGAGGCCGACGACAACGGCUACAACAACUACAGCAGCAACGGCGGUAGCGACGACUACAACAAUAGCGGCGGCAACCGCUACAACGGCGGCAGCGUAGUCCUAGGCCCCUACUACGGUGGCGGCGGCGGCUACGGAAACAGCUCUCCCUACCGCGGCGGCGGCGGCUACGGCAACAGCGCUCCCUACGGCACCGGCGGUGACGGCGGGGCGUUCUGGGCUCCGCAGGACGGCAGCAGGUCCCCCUUGUACAUCAACACCAGGGAGGUGAACGUGUACGGCGCGCCGGGGUACGACAACGACAGCCAGAGCAACGACCAGAGGAGGAGAGGCGGCGGCGGCGGCGGCGGCGGGUUCUUCGGCCCGGCGUUCCACGCCGUCGGACACUUCUUCGACCGCAAGUUCGGCCUCAACGACAGGGACUGACGCGCCUAAGGCUGGCCGUGCGUAUUCCUGCGUGCUCGCCUCGUCGACAGAUCUAUCUGCGUGCAAUUUCAGACCAUCUUCCACAGUACUACCCCUAUAGGCCUAAUAAGUGCUAAGCUACUUUUCCAACAAAAAAAAAACUAAGUGUUUCUCAAAGGGCUGCGGGCAUCUUACUGCUAUCGUUUACAAUUCCGAGUGUGCCAGUGUUUUCCUAUCCUUUUUAUCGUGUGCUUGGUG